CCGCUCCUCCUCAGCUCAACACACACAUCCAUUGUACACAAACGGGCAGGCGGCUCAUGCAUACACACGCACUCACACACAUACAGACACAUGCACACACACACGUAUGCGCACACACGCUCAGCAUCGAUCGUGGCUCCUUUAAGAAAGCCUAAGCCAGAAUUAUCACCCCACCUCCUCUUGAUCUCCUGUAGACGCUUUUGCAUAAGAAAAUCAAGCCGGGAGCCGAGAGUGAUCAAAGAAAACGAGAGGAGAGCUGCUUCAUUUUUUAACUGUGAUUGUGACCAUUAACAUUUAGGUGGUGCCGAUCCCGUGGAGACGCGCGUCGGACCAUCAUUCAUCCGGUACUUUUGACAAGCCCUCGCGUUUUGACUGACAGGCGGAGUGGCAAAAAGCCAUGAGAGUCGCCAGUUUUGUUUGAGGGGCUAUUUUAUUUUCAUCCUGGUUUUGGAAAAGGAGCCUGGCGCCGCUGCCCCGAGGAUAGCCGAGGACCUAUUCGCCGCGCCUGGGCUAAACUUGCGCAGAAAGCGGGGGCUGGCUUCACCGUUCCGUGGAAAAAAAGGCAUACGGGAUUUUGGCUGAAACAUCCUCCCAUUUAUUUGGAUUUUCUUUCUUCAUUUCGUCUCCACCCUGGCCUCAGAGGGGAUUUAUCUAAACUGAAAGGACGACCAGGGAGUCAGGAGGGUUAUGGCGCAACGGUACGAAGACUUGCCCCACUACGGGAUGGACGGGGUGGGCAUCCCGACCACCAUGUACGGAGACCCGCACGGCGCCCGGUCCAUGCAGGCGGUGCACCUCAACCACGGGCCCCAGCUGCACUCCCACCAGUACCCGCACACCGCCCACACCAACACCAUGCCUCCCAGCAUGGGCUCCUCUGUUAACGACGCUCUCAAGAGAGAUAAAGACGCUAUCUACGGGCACCCCCUGUUCCCCUUGCUUGCACUGAUUUUUGAGAAAUGUGAAUUAGCGACUUGCACCCCCAGAGAGCCCGGGGUGGCGGGAGGAGACGUCUGUUCAUCGGAAUCUUUCAAUGAAGACAUAGCAGUGUUUGCAAAGCAGAUUCGGGCAGAAAAGCCUUUAUUUUCAUCGAAUCCAGAGUUGGAUAAUCUGAUGAUUCAAGCCAUUCAAGUUUUACGAUUUCAUCUUCUGGAGCUGGAGAAGGUGCACGAGCUGUGUGAUAAUUUCUGUCACCGGUACAUCAGCUGCUUGAAAGGCAAGAUGCCCAUCGACUUGGUCAUAGACGACAGAGAGGGCGGGUCCAAAUCAGACAGCGAGGAAAUCACGAGAUCAUCGGUGGCCCUUGAUCAGACAUCCUGGAACAGAGAUCACGAUGACACGGCGUCCACACGCUCUGGAGGAACGCCGGGGCCGUCCAGCGGCGGGCACACAUCGCACAGCGGCGACAACAGCAGCGAACAGGGUGAUGGCCUGGACAACAGCGUGGCUUCGCCGAGCACAGGGGAUGACGAUGACCCGGAUAAAGAAAAGAAGCGCAACAAGAAGAGAGGGAUCUUCCCCAAGGUGGCCACCAACAUCAUGAGAGCGUGGCUCUUCCAGCACCUAACGCAUCCCUACCCGUCAGAAGAACAGAAGAAACAGCUGGCGCAAGACACAGGCCUCACCAUCCUACAAGUGAACAACUGGUUCAUUAACGCCAGGAGGAGAAUAGUCCAGCCCAUGAUCGACCAGUCAAACCGUGCAGUAAGUCAAGGAGCUCCCUACAAUCCAGAUGGCCAGCCGAUGGGGGGCUUCGUCAUGGACGGCCAGCAGCACAUGGGAAUCAGACCACCUGGACCGAUGGGUGGAAUGGGCAUGAACAUGGGCAUGGAAGGUCAGUGGCACUACAUGUAGCCCAGCCUCAGUCCGACCAAUCGCAACACAAAGGGGGAUAACUGCAGGGCAAACCAGGGGAUCACCUGUCUCGCAGAGGGCUACGGAGCUUGGGAACGGGACUCCUAGACUUCCGGGUGACAACGACCAACAGCAAACCCCUCUGUCCAGCACCAAGACCCAACGACAUUUUAUCCGACUGACAUCCGCAACAUGGAAGCCUUCCAUGACUGCCUACAAUCCUCGUCUAUGUAUCCAGCGACGGCGACGCGCAGAAGAUCAAACCUCGUCCAACCCAGAUGACCCUCUGUCCCGGCAGACCCCUGAUUCUUCGCCGGUGGGCACUAGACUUUGCCCCCUUGCCACUGCCCACUAGGUUCAUAUGGAUUCCUCCAUCAAAAGUGAUUGCGAUUGCGAGCAUAGAUGACACACGAGAGACACGCUGUGUCCUUUGCCUGUACCUUUGGCGAAUGCAGCACCUGGUGAUAUAUAUUAGAGACUUCCUGUGAAGAGCACUCCACUCUUUGGGACGAUGGAAUUGGACCGAGGAGAAGCCAAUGUCUGUAUCUGACAGGACACUAACAAAGCAAAAGAGGUGCCCUUUAAAAAUAUAGUGGAUUGAAACAUGGAAGGAGGGAAAGCAAGAGAAAAGAAAUUAAAAGUAUAACUAUAUCAACCCCUAGUUUGGGAAGCGAGUGGCGAAAGAAAAUAUACUGUAUACUGUUGUAAAAUUAUGCUGGACUCUCACAUGAACUGGGAAUUUAAGUAUUGUAAAUGCUAUUGUAUUGUUCUGCAUAUUAUGUUGUUUCUAAUAGAUUUUUUUAAAAAAAGGAUGUGAACUUUUUUCUCUUUUUUGCUGAUUUCUUUCCACACUAUGUGUGUGUCGUCUCUCCAUCAAAUUUGACCUCCUGCCCCCUCCCUCCAUUGGAUCAAAAUAAAUUUUUAAAAGUAAAAAAAAAAAAGGGAAUAAAC